AUCUGCAGCCCCAAGACAUGUCCUGCUACACCCCGUGCCGGCCCUGCCAGCCCUGCGGCCCCACCCCGCUGGCCAACAGCUGCAACGAGCCCUGUGUCAGGCAGUGCCAGGACUCCACCGUGGCCAUCCAGCCCUCGCCCGUGGUGGUGACCCUGCCCGGCCCCAUCCUCAGCUCCUUCCCACAGAACACCGCCGUGGGAUCCUCCACCUCAGCUGCUGUUGGCAGCAUCCUCAGCUCUCAGGGAGUGCCCAUCAACUCUGGGGGCUUUGGCCUCUCGGGCUUGGGCAGUGGCCUCUGUGGCACGAGGUGCCUCCCCUGCUGAAGCUGCUGGUGACGGCCCUGGGGAAGGAAGCCAGGGACUCACAGGAUGGAACCACCCUGGGGACCCAGCACCGGCUUGUUGCUUCCUGAGGGGCUGAGCAAGCCCAGCAGCACCUGCAGAAGGACAGGGCCAGCCUGGGCUCUUGGGAAGCACAGCCCAUCCCUGCCUCUGCCCUCUGCCUCUCUCUCCUUUCCCUCCUGUGUCCCUGCUCCCUUGUGCUCCCCUGGGCUGUGAGCCCCACACAGCCAUCCUGGGGAGGACCUGCUGGCCCUCCUCCCUCUCUGGAUCAGGCCCAUGGACACCUGCUGGGAUCUCUGCCACA